AUGAUCGAGGUUGUGUGUAACAACCGUCUGGGCAAAAAAGUCCUUGUUAAGUGCAACAUGGAUGACACCAUUGCGGCCCAGACGGGAACCCGUUGGAACAAGAUCGUGUUGAAGAAGUUGUACACGAUUUUCAAGGACCAUGUGUCUCUGGGGGACUAUGAAAUCCAUGAUGGGAUGAACCUGGAGCUUUAUUAUCAGUAGAGCAAAAUUGCCUGCCCUUCCCGUUC